CGGAAGUGCUUUAACAUGAGGGACUUCCUUAGUAACCGUAAUGGCGCCGUAGCGACGCGUGUUGUUGGUUUAUUUUUUAAUUAUACGAAAAUAGUUCAACAAUUUUUUAUUUAGACAAUAAAACACGCCGUUUAACGAAAUAACGCGUACAAAUGGCGCUCUGACUCGCCGGGUAAAGUUAUCGGAUGCGCCGCUCUUGGGAAUGAAACAGUUGUGGAGGGACAUGCCGAUACCGAUGCGGAUGCCGAUACCGAUGCGGAUGCCGAGCCUCGUGCAGCUCGUCGUGGCCGUCGGUGUGCUUUGGCCGUUGUGUUCACAUUCCCAAAGCUUUACACAGCAGCCGCAGGAGGACUUGAGCGCUUCCCCUUCCACAGACGGCGUGAAUUCAACAGCAGACUCUACAAUGGACGCGAACGCAACCCGUUCCCCAGACAUCAACAAACCCAGAGGAACCACUGAGGAACCAGUCGCGUCUACGGUCCAAACCCUGAUCACUACACAGGUUUCUGAUGCUUGCACCUGCAACCUCGCUCCUGAUUUCUGCGACAUCGGCUGCUGCUGCGACGUUGUGGACUGCGGCGUCGCCGAUCUGAGUUCUGUGUUCGAGAACUGUAGGCGAGAAACAAGGGCCGGAUCAUGCGUCGAGAGCUGGCUGAUGUUCCGGGCCAAUGUGGAUCCUCAGCUGGUGACGGACAACGGUUCCAUGUUCUGUGUCCAAAGUGGGAACGGUCCAGAGAGCACAGCACAGAUUGCACCUGCUGCCUCUGAAGGGCCUUUCUCCAUCUUAUCUCCUCACUUCUCACCAGCAGGGGUCACCAGUACUCAGAAUUCGAGUGUGUAUAAGGUUGAUGAUGUCAUUCUGACCUACUACAACACCACAUCUGUAGUGAGCGUGCUCAGACAGCCGUCAUCGGGCAUGGGGUCUUCCACCUGUGUCGAGCGCAAUCCCGCAAAGUUCCUGCGCUCCGGCUCGUUGACGUGUUCACGAGUUGUGAGCGCUCAGUCGUGCAGAACAGACAGCAGCCUAAGUUUUCCUUCGUAUUUCACAGGAUUCAGUCUUCUGAGGGUUCCACGUCCGUCAGACAAGGACGUUUCGAAGAUGAUGAUUCCCAUCAUCCCGUUGGCCAACCAGCCCGAACUCACUGAGCACGAAACGUCCUGUAUGAAUGUGGUGACAAAGGUGGAAUACGUGAUCACGUACAGUAGCACAGGAGAAAUCACAGCCGCGACGGUGAGCGGCAGCAUGACGAAUGCUAGUUUCGGCACGCAGAUACUGCAAGAACACGCUGUGCAGUUUCAGUUGGCCACGCCCUCAUUAUCGCCUCCAGAAGUGCCAAUGGUCGGUUUGGAGGUCGGGACUCCAGUGAUUGGCUGGUUUGGUGGAAAACCUGGGCCUCUGACGAUCCCUGGGCUUUCCGUCGGAGAAUGCGACCUCACCAACCAAGCCCCAGUCCUCUUCACCCAUAACACCUUCACCGGCUGCACCUUCAGGUCGAUGCCGGACCACUGCGCAUCACUGAGAGCUCGGAUCUACAGCGUGCUUCGCGGCACGGCGACCCCGGAUACAGUCGCCAUGACGGCGGGAUCGCAGCCGCAGCAAAGCCGGGUCGUCGUGCAAAACUGUCCGGAAACUUCUCCGGACGAGGCGUGCGAGACAGGAUGUCUGGUACCCGUCUCCCUAUCACUGAGGAUUCUCUGGGCUCGGACCGGAACGUUGGCUCUGCCCCAGAAUCACAUCCUGGGUGCCAAAUACGUCUUCAGCUGCAAAAUCCUGAAGUGUCCCGUCUUUUCCCAUCUUCCUCUGAGCACCGAGGUGAUUUUCUCUGAUGCUACCAUUUACCCAGAACCUCCCCGAGCCGAACCGCGGCCCGAGUGGAAGUUCCCAUUCGGGUUCUUCACCAGAGGGGCGGAAGAACUAGACCGUGGGUAGAGCACGAGAAAGCGGAGGACAAUUACUAUUUAUUAUUAGUGCUGAUAUGGUUCAGCAUUGAAACUGCGGAUUAAUUUAUUGCUUUUUUUUGUUUCAUGUACAAAAAUCUUUUAAUUAUUUUAAUUAUUUUUACUUUUUUUAUUUAAUAAAAACUUUUUUUUAGGAUUCUUUUUUUUUGGCAUUUAAAUUA